CACAUUAGUAGAUUCUGUUCUCUUAAAGAUCACAAACAAACUGUAUCCAAGAAAGUCUGGAUACAAAAACCCAAAACUGCAUGGCUGCUAAUGGCGCAGGUUUGCUUCCAAGUGAGCAUGGAGGAAACAGAAUGGAUACUAGACAGUGGAUGCUCACACCACAUGACGGGAAAUCGAAACCUAUUCACCACUCUCAAAGAAGGUAAAGGUGGUAAGGUAUUUUUUGGUGACAAUAAUUCUGCCGACAUAAUAGGAAGAGGAAUAGUUGGUUCAGAUCCAUGCAUUGAAAAUGUGAUGUUAGUAAAAGGUCUUAAGCAUAAUCUGUUUUCUAUUAGUCAAAUUUGUGGCAAAGAUAAGAGGAUAAUCUUUGAACAUGAUUGUUGCUACAUCGAGUCUUUGGUGGAUAAGAAAGUGCUUUUCACCGGUAGACGUAAAAAUAAGUUAUAUGUCAUAAAUCUAGAUGAUAAAGAGAGUUUUAAGGUAACUUGUAUAAUGUCUUUAGAGAAAAAUGAUCAAAUAGAUUGGCAUAGGAAGCUUGGACAUGUGAGUAUAGGAAUUAUGUCUAAACUAAGUGAUCUUGAGCUAGUUAGAGGUCUGCCUAAGUUAAAAGGCAAAAAGGAAUUCUUUUGUGAUGCUUAUGCUAAAGGAAAGCAUACAAGGUCUAGCUUCAAGAGUAAGUCGGUAAUAUCUACAUCGAGACCACUUGAACUACUCCAUCUUGAUCUCUUUGGACCAACCAAUGUGGUAAGCUACGGAGGUAAGUCCUAUGCUUUUGUAAUUGUAGAUGACUACUCUUGUUUCACUUGGGUAAUGUUUCUAGCUAGCAAAAGUGAAGCUUUUCAAAAUUGUGAGUCUCUAACUAAGAGAUUGGAAAAUGAAAAACAAUCUAAGGUUGCUAGCAUUAGAAGUGAUCAUGGUGGAGAAUUCAUCUCAGAAGAAUUCGAACUCUUCUGCAAUAAGCUAGGGAUAAGUCACAAUUUUUCUGCUCCUCGAACUCCGCAACAAAAUGGAGUGGUGGAAAGGAAAAAUCGGACUUUGAUUGACAUAGCUCGAACAAUGUUACAUGACUAUGGUUUACCUAAGUACUUCUGGGCUGAAGCCAUAAAUACUGCAUGCUAUAUUACUAAUCGAGCUUUGAUCAGAUCUGGAAUUAAGAAGACUCCUUAUGAGAUUUGGAGAGGAAGAAAACCCAAUCUGAGUUAUUUUCAUCCCUUUGGUUGCAAGUGCUUUGCAUUAAAUACCAAAGAUAAUCUUGGGAAGUUUGAUGCCAAGUUCGAUGAAUGUGUGUUUUUAGGCUAUUCUAUGACUAGAAGAGCAUAUAGAAAAUUCAACAAAAGGACUCUCAAAGUGGAAGAGUCCAUAAAUGUGAUAUUUGAUGAAUCUGCUAAUGAGUGUUCAGAUGAGAUAGAUGAAGAUGACUUUGGACUUGGUGGGAGCUUUGAUCUACCAAGGACAUCAAACACGGAGAAAUCUGAACCCAGAACGAACAUAUCUGAAGACCAAGAUAAAGCAGUAAGUACUACAAACUCUCCGAUCGAGCAAGACCAUGAAGUAAGACAACCUCCUCCUCAUAUUUCCAAACUCCAUCCUUCUUCACUUAUGAUAGGAGGGCUUAAUGAAGGUAUGGUCACUCGCUCUAGAAAUUCAAUUGUGCAUACUGCUUUUGUGUCAUUGAUUGAACCUAAAAACGUGCAAGAUGCCUUGAAUGAUGAAAAUUGGAAUGCUGCUAUGAAUGAUGAAAUGAGUCAGUUUGAACGAGCUAAUGUGUGGGAGUUAGUACCUAGACCCCCUAAUAGAGUUAUUAUCGGGACUAAGUGGAUCUACAAGAUCAAGUCAAAUGAAAAUGGGGUAGCUACUAGAAAUAGGGCUAGGUUGGUAGCUAAAGGGUAUAAUCAAGAAGAGGGAAUUGAUUUCGAUGAAACCUUUGCUCCGGUAGCUAGAUUAGAGGCUAUUAGAAUGUUAUGUGCGUUUGCUAGCUCUAAGGGUUUCAAACUUUUUCAAAUGGACGUCAAAAGUGCCUUUCUAAAUGGGGAUUUAAAAGAGGAAGUGUAUGUGGAACAACCACCCGGUUUUGAAGACUUUAGAUACCCAAACCUUGUCUAUAAAUUAAAGAAGGCACUAUAUGGACUUAAACAAGCACCAAGAGCAUGGUAUGAAAAACUUAGUUCUUAUCUCUUAAGAGAAGGCUUUAAAAGAGGCUCAGUGGAUAAAACUCUCUUUAUAAAAAAUAAAGGACAACAUAUGCUACUAGUUCAAAUAUAUGUUGAUGACAUUAUAUUUGGAUCUUCUAGCAAAGAGUUGUGCGAGUAUUUUGAAAGUAUCAUGAAGAAAACUUUUGAAAUGAGUUCCAUGGGAGAAUUAACAUAUUUUUAGGUUUGCAAAUUAAACGGACAACUCGAGGUAUUUUCAUUAGUCAAACCAAAUACAUUCAAAAUAUGUUAAAACGUUUUGAAUUUGGGAAUUUAAAAACUGCAAAUACACCUAUGGCCUCUACAAUUAAACUAGACAAGGAUGAGUCGGGCAAGUCAGUUGACGAGAAGUUCUAUAGAGGAAUGAUUGGGUCGCUAAUGUAUCUCACUGCUAGUAGACCCGAUAUUCAAUUCAGUGUGUGUCUAUGUGCUAGAUUUCAAACUGCCCCUAAGGAAAGUCAUCUUACUGCAGUCAAGAGAAUCUUUCGUUACUUGGCUGGUACAAUGGAUCUAGGUCUGUGGUAUGAUAGUGAGUCAAGUCUUGAGUUAAUUGGUUAUAGUGACUCAGACUAUGCUGGAUGCAUAGUUGAUCGUAAAAGUACUUCCGGGACAUGUCAAUUUCUAGGAAAUUCUCUUGUGUCUUGGUUUAGUAAGAAACAAAGUUCUGUUGCUCUCUCCACCGCUGAGGCUGAAUAAGUGGCCGCAUGCCUCUGUUGUACUCAACUCCUUUGGAUGAAGCAUCAACUUUGUGACUACGGGUUAGAAAUAAAGUCCAUGCCCGUAUUGUGUGAUAAUACGAGUGCCAUUAACAUGGCAAGAAAUCCCGUGCAACAUUCUCGAACCAAGCACAUAGAAAUUAGGUAUCAUUUCAUUCGAGAAUUGAUUGAAGAAGGCCAAAUUCAGCUUGAGUUUGUGCCUACAACAAAUCAAUGGGCUGAUAUUUUUACUAAACCUCUAAGUGUUGAUCAAUUUCUAACCAUUCGUCGAGAACUUGGACUAAUCAUUUCUAGUGAGAUUAAUGAAUUAAAGUAAAAUCAUCUUGUGUUGAGAUUCCAAAAAUGAGCUAACUGCUUGAACUUAAAAUAAAUUUAAACUACUUCUCUUCGGGUAGGCUCAUCCUCUCGGCCUGGUAAUGAUCUUGUGGGCCGAAGCCCACGUACCUCCCUGUCAUGGUGGAGACGCUCACUAGGGUUUGUGGGCCUAAGUCCACUCUCAUCCCUAGCUCUCUUCUGCAAGUGCCUCUCACAAGAAACCGCGGGCCGAAGCCCAAAUCCUUCCUCUCACUCUCUUCUCCGGUCCAAGCCGCCGCUCCGACUCCGUCCUCGGGCGUGCGAUUCUGGGAAAGUAAAGGCUCCCCAAUAUUCUUCUCUGCUGUCAAGAAAUCCCGAUCGAAUUCCUUCCCUCUGUUCGAUCGACUUCUUUCCAAAACCUUCUUCUUAGAUUGCGUAUUUGCUAAUAGAGGGUACCGAAGAAUCGAAUCGCUUUCUCAUCACUGCUCCCUCAAAAUACUGAUAUGAUUUUCGUGAGCAACCGAGAUUCAAGGACUGCGAUUAACCUCAACUUUCCUUCUUCCUCUGAUGCCUAGAAUCCCUACGAAGUAGGCUUAAUCGAGCUCCAGCUGUCUUCUCCCCUCGAAUUCUGGAAAAAAAAGGAAGGGUAAAUCUCCCGUCAGCAGAUGCAGCAGAAUCAUAUCGACUGACCUUCUCAUUCCAGUCGAGCAGAUUCGAACUUCCUCUUCCUGAAAAUUUCCAUUCGUGCCUCCAAUCAGUAGGUAUAAACUCGCAAUCGGCCAUGGGAGUCUUCAUCCUAGCAUCCUCUUCAAAUUUAGCCCCUCCCAAACUCACCAUCGACAGCAACAGACCCCACGUUCUGUCGCAGCAUGGCUCCGAUCAACCCUCUCCUCAAUGCCCACCUUGCUCCUGCUGCCAUAUUUACCAAUCGAGGGUUCCGAAACUCGGAGGCCUACUCCAGGUACCUUCGGUGCUUCAGCGAUCGAGCCCUCCAUCCCUCAUUCCUCAUUCCCCCUACCUCGUUCAAUCGGUAUAGACUGAGGGUCAAUGGGUAUAUCAAUGAUCUUGGGUGGAGUUCUCUGUUCCAGAAUCGCCUCCUUGAUCAGUGCCCUGAAGCAGUGAGAAUGUUCUACUCAAGUAUGCAGUGCGGUCCUGGACGUUAUCCGUCGUACUUCACCACCACCGUCUACAAUUUCAGUGUGACGCGAUUACGGGAGUCACCACUUUCGAGGUUCUCGGUGGAGCGGCUGCCGGAUGAUCUGAGAGCGCUGCAGUUCUACAUCAGUCACGUGUUCCUCCCUCGCACUGCUGACCAGGCCGCCACUCUGGACGAAUCUGACCUCUGGAUUCUGUUUAAUGCGAAGACAAGCUGCCCGAUCAGCUAUGCCUCGCUGAUGUUUAAUCAUAUGAUUAAAUAUCAAGAAGAAGAGUGCAGCGGCAAGCUGCCUUUUGGCCUGCAAAUCACCCAUCUGUUGGCACUCUUAGGGGUCGAUCUGCGUGGGAAAAUCAUCAACCGGGAGGUUCAUUCUGAUCUGCAAGCUCAGCAUGUCCUGCGUCGCCCUCUCUCGUGGCUUGGACCGCGUAAACUUGCCAAAGUUCAAGGGGGAGACAAAGCUGCCAAUUGUGAGUCCAAAUCAGAACCAGAAGAAGACGAUAAUGAUGAGGUUAGCUGGUUAAAGGACACGACAGCAGCAUACACAGCUGCUGGAAUCUCCAGGCUUGACAAGGGAAAGGGAAUAGCAGAAUCUUCGGGAAAGCGUAAGACGACUGUGACAUUGGAGCAUAUACAGGAAGGGGUAAGGCUGGAAAAUGAAGGAAAAAGCCUCCUCCGUGACCUUACCUUGUCACUGAAGGGAAAAGAGGCCAGCUCCUCAGGCAAGAAAGUCAGCAGGGUUUUAUUCUUACCUUCGGAGGAUGAGGAAGUCGAUCCAUCUGAGUAUGCGUCGUCUCCGGAGUACACCUACUAGGACUGUGUUAGAUGCUUGAUUUAGGGGGAGAUCCAUGGAUGAAUUAAUGGUAGUUGAAUGGUUUGGGUCGAUCAUUUAGAGUAGAAGUCGGCUGUUUGCCUUUGAGUCUGUUACGUCAUUUGAGUCUUGUUUGGUUGAUUUGAGAUUAAGUCUUGCUGAGUAUUAGUGUUGAAUGUGCUUUGAUGAUUUUGUUUAUGAAUAAAAUGGAUUCCCAGUUGUCUUUUUUAUCACGUGUCAGUCAUUAGUAGUUGGACAGGCUACACCAACAGUUUGUUUAAGUGUGCAGAACCUUGAAGCAGCUUAAUAUGAACCUUGGACAAGUUUAGGGGGAGAAGCUUGGCCAUUAACAAGCUGAGGGGGAGAAUGUUAACUGCAGGAGAAGCUUGAAGGCCAAAGCAAAGAUUCAAAUCACAGCUGGAAAAGAGGUGGCUGCCCAAAAAAAGUUAAGGCAAGUUCUCGGGGCCAAAGGAAGAAAGAAUAAGAACUUACCAUACAUGAAGAUCUCAAGGAAAUUUGAAUUCCCAACAGCUACAUUGCAUCCUAUAAAAGGUGAUUUGAAGGAAGAGCAAAACAACCUUUUCAAGAGAUCAACAUAGCUAGCUAUGACAAAAGGGGAUUUUGUGAGAGUAGCAAGGUUGAUAGGAAAGGGGAUUUUCUCAAAGGGUUCGGGGAGAAUUGCUUUGAGGGUUAGUGUUGGGGAAACACUGGUUUCGAGUUGCUGGGGAAGCAAUUCGGGUUUGAGAAAAGAGUGUUAGAUCAAUCGGGUAGGGAUUGAUCAAAGGGUAGAUAGUUUGUAACGAAGAACUUCAACGCAAAAUCAUAGUGAAUCGUCGGAGAUCGCACAAUCAUGAUUCUCUAACCGUGGAGUAGUCAGUAUUGGGAUCCUCAUUCUCCCAAUACCGGAAACCACGUAAAAAAUCGUGAGCAGUGUUUGUUUUCUGUUUUUAAGUUUCCAGUCUGUGUCCUUCUGUUUGUUUUCUGUUCCAGGGUUAAGUGAGCAAGGGAGUCGGCUCUCGAGUCCUCAAGGAAGGCUGCGUACCAGGACUGAUUUGGGAACUCACUGAACCAGGGUUUGAUUUAACUGAGUUGAUUAUUGGCUGGGUUUUAUUGAAGUGUUCUUGCUGUACUUCCCCUGUUCAUCUCACGAACAGAAGGAGGAUUUAAUUUGAUCGAAAUCCUAGGAGCGGGAAGGGAAUUUUAGUGUAGUUGAUACUCUGUCGUUUUAUGCUCAUCAUCUUGAAGUGGAGUUGGGACAAGGAUUCGCUUGGGCUGGGAUUGCUUUUGGGUUCGUUCAUUUAAUCUGCCUAACCGAAAGCUACUGGGCUUAGAAGCCCAACCGAGUGAAAAGAGAGGUUUUGCAUAUAUUGUGUAGUUGGGCUUAGAAUCCUGAUCUGCUUUCAUUGCUAGGCUUAAUUGAGUGGGCUUUGAGUUUUAUUAAAGUUAAGUGUAGAUUUAAACGAGGGACUUCACUAGGGUGGUUAACUAGUGAGUAGAGUUUAGACCAAGGAUUAGCUAGCUGUCACAUUAAAUUAAAUUAAUCUUAAGUUAGUCAUUUAAAUUCAAUUGAGUAAAAUAAUAUAAUUGAGAUCAUUUGUGGUUAAGUUGUUGAUCCAUCGAUAAUGAAGUCUAUUGAUCCUAUUCUCCACCGAUGAUAAGUCCAUUAAGCACCGAUUUGGGCCAAUUUAUUUUCGGAUGGCAUUUUCGUAAUUUUUUGGGCGAAGAAAGGCAAUUUUCCAUGGAUUUUGAAGGCUACAGAUCACGGAUUCAGCCUGAGGCUAUUCUUCAACGAUGGUUAAGUCCAUUAAGUGCCGAUUUGGGCGAAUUUAUUCCGGGUCCAUUUUUGUCAGAUUCCAAAGGGGUACCAUCACAGAUUUCGGGCGAUUUUUCCGAAAUGCCAUUUUCUUUCUAUUCUGGAGGCUGUAGAUCACAGAAUCAUGUCGAGCCUAUUCUCCAUCGAUAAUGAAGUCUAUUGAUCCUA